AAAUAACUUCCUGUUUUUCUAGACACUCUCAAGAUACCCCAUCACUGCCUUCUGCACGGCUCCCACCGCCUUCCGCAUGCUGGUCCAACAUGAUGUGAGCAGGUACAAGUUCCCGAGUCUGAAACACUGUGUAACUGGAGGGGAAGCACUCAAUCCUGAAGUGUAUGCAAAGUGGAAAAUCCAGACAGGGCUGGAUAUCCAUGAAGGAUAUGGCCAGAGCGAAACAGUGACAAUCUGUGCCAAUACUAAAGGAAUGAAAAUUAAACCUGGCUCUUUGGGAAAAGCUCUUCCCCCUUAUGAUGUGCAGAUCGUAGAUGACCAUGGGGCUGUUGUGCCUGCAGGAGAAGAGGGCACCAUUGGUAUCCGAGUGAAACCCACACGACCCUUCUGUCUGUUCUCCGAGUACUUGGUGAGCCUGACUGGCUGUGUCUGUGUCUGCUGAGAGCCUCAGGAGAAGCCCAGGGCAAAGUUCUGCCAGGAGCAGAAUUCCAUGCAGAAUCCUCAGAAGGUC